AUGACGAGGGCCAAUCCCACAUCUAUCACCAGCCAAGACGGUGUCGCCGCACCUACCGGCGACGUACCGACCUCACCUAACCAGCCAUCUUCCGCCGCCAUCGAGCCGGAGCAACCCCACAACAGUGACGGCACUCCAGCCCCUAUCCGCCACAUCACCCAACGUCGGCCUCUCAUUACCAUCGCCCGCCCUUCCGGGCAGUUUACAAAUUAUCCAUUCCCAUCCACAGGCACUCACUACCCCCAAGAAGAUGCAGCGGCGAUGGUUGAGGACGCACGUACUGUAUGCGCAAUAGCCCGCGAAAUACCAACGGAGGAGCCCGAGGCUAGCGCGACGGGGGUUCUGCAUGAUGGGGUGGAGGCGGUGGAGGCGGUCGAUUCAAUACGUGGAGGGCCGUUUAUGCAGAAUUCAGCGGUUGAGAGACGGGGACGGGGUGCCGGUGGAGUCAGAGGUGGGUUGCGUGGUGCGGGUAGGUCUCGGGGAAGGGGUAGGCCUCGGAGGCCAAAGAUCAUUGAUGAUUUGUCGAGGGACUUCAAUGCAGGCAAGGAACUUGGCUUCUGA